AUGCCUGACGACGAUCUGUCACACUCUUUUACCACGUCAAGACCUUUGCGGAGACCCUACCAAUCUAGUGUCGACAGGGAACUCUUCCAAGUGCUACAGUCGGAGGCAGCGCACCUUGAAAGGAAGGAGAUAGAACUUGCAUCACAAAUCAAGGCACUCUCGGAGGCUUUGGUUUCCGUUCGUAGGACACUGUCCACGAUACGCUUUCGAGCCAGCGAAUGCGCAAAGCGCAUUUCCCCAGUUGCUCGCCUGCCCGAUGAAACAUUGCUUGCAAUUUUUGAGGAAGCAGUUUCGAGCCAGGAUGCGCGCUCACGGACAAGGGUUGAAAGCGCGAUAUCGCGUGUGUCGCAUCGCUGGCGAAGGAUAACUUUGCACACACCCCGGCUGUGGACACGGGUCUGUGUAACCCCUGACACGGACGAGCGUGACAUGCAGCUACAUUUCUCGCGAUCCACUGAUCUUCCUCUUGAUGUGGAAGUCUGGGGAUGGUGGGAUUAUCGAGAUUCUUUCACUAGGCCUCAUCACUUCGAACAUACCCUAUCCAUAGUCCUCCCGUCCGCGUCUCGCUGGCGUUCUAUAAAAAUUGGCGCGUCCUGCGACACCCUUCUCACGAGUCUUUCCUUUAUUCUGCGUACCGUGGGACCUUUGGAUGCACUUCAGCAAGUUAUCUUCAAAGCCCAACAGCCCGGGCAGAUAUGUCCCACGACUCUCCUCAUGGGAAAAUCGGCACCCAACCUCCGGUCUCUUGAUGUCGAAAACAUUGUUCUUACAGCCCGCUCCCCUUGUUUACAUAAUCACGAUUUCGACUGCUUCAUUGGCGUAACCCAUCUUACUCUUCGGCUCCAUGAAGGAGAUGCGAGGGCUCUGAAAACGACAACGGAACUUCAAGGCUUUCAUGCACUGCUUUUGCGGAUGCCUAAUUUAGUUUCCCUUUCUCUCUAUGGAGAACUUGUCUGUGUCAAAUCAUCCACAAACCUCGAGGACGAGGGCAACAUCACGUUGCCUCGUUUACAGACCUUGAUUUUCCAUCCUAAUACUAUCCGGCCUCGCCACCUGCGGAAUCUCGUCGCGAUGGUAAUAGCACCAGAUCUACGGCAUUUUGAGCUCGUCUACCCAGACAGCUGUACUCAAGGCCAGGACAUCUCCGAUCUACUUCUUCAAAAGGGAUGUGAACAACCCACACCUAAAUUUCCUCUCGUCGAACGUCUCGUGCUACACAAUGCCGCUAAUAUAACUUCGGCUGCCGCAUUCAUUCAGGCCUUCCCAGGAGUAGAUCAGCUGACCAUUUCUGGCGCCGACGUCGGGAUCUUCAAUAUGCCAACUUGGGAAGGAGGUUGGAGAACUAUCACAAGACUGAUAUUACGGCCUUCCCAACAGCAUCGCCUGACCACGGUGGUCGAUUGGCUAGAUGCAGUAACUGGCAACGGCGAGCUUCAAAAAGUGCCGUUGGUCCAGGGGCCAACAACCGACUGUCCCAUUAUGUUGCGCCUCUAUGAGGAGCUCAAGCGAUACACUCGAAUCGAGUUACUUGACAUGGGCUCAAAACAGCUCUCUGAAUAG